CUCAGCAACACAACGCCAUCUCCAACUCCUCGCCAGUCCAAAGCCCAGCAGCAGCAGCAGCAGCAGCAGCAGACCAUCCGCACACUCAGCAGCAGCACACUCAGCAUCAUGAAGUACAUUCAGUCAGACGAGAUCCUCGAGAUCCCCGAGGGCGUCACCGUGUCGAUCAAGGCUCGGUUUGUCGUUGUCACCGGUCCCCGCGGCACCCUCACCAAGAACCUGCGUCACAUCAACCUCGCGUUCACCAAGAUCUCGGACGCCGCCAUCAAGCUCACUGUGCACCAUGGAGACCGCAAGCACGUCGCUGCUCUGCGAACCAUCAAGACUUUGAUCAAGAACAUGAUUACCGGUGUCACCAAGGGCUACCAGUACAAGAUGCGUUACGUCUACGCCCAUUUCCCCAUCAACGUCAACGUCGUCGGCGACGGCAAGGAGGUCGAGAUCCGCAACUUUUUGGGCGAGAAGCGCGUGCGCAGCGUUGCGGUGCACGAGGGAGUGACUGUUGCUAUUUCGAGCGCGCAGAAGGACGAGCUGGUGCUGACCGGCAACUCGCUCGAGAACGUGUCGCAGUGCGCUGCGGACAUUCAGCAGAUCUGCCGUGUGCGGAACAAGGAUAUCCGAAAGUUCUUGGACGGAAUCUACGUUUCUGAGCGGGGAACUCUUGAGACCGAGUAGGGUAGAAGAGGAUAAGCAAAAGGUGGACGGAAUAUAAUAAACAAAAGUUAUCAUGAGUGCAGUCAAGAUGUUAUCAGAUGGUUGUAUAUCACAAUGCAGUGU